AUGGCAUUUUGCCUUCUUUUCCAGCCGUCUCUUCCAGGCAACAUUUUGCCGUCUCCUCCCGGCGACACCUUGCCUAAUUUUCCAGACGGCAUUUCGCCUUCUUUUCCAGGCAAUAUUUUGCCCUCUUUUCCAGGCAACAUUUUGCCUUCUCUUCCCGACGGCAUUUUGCCUUCUGCUCCAGACAACAUUUUGCCGUCUCUUCCCGGCUACACUUUGUCUCAUCUCCCACGUUAUGCAACAAACGAUGACACCUAUAUCCCAGCCAUUACCAGUACCCUAUUUACAGCAGUUUUUAACCCUAGUGAAUUACCGGCCGUAUCUGCUCAGCCGAUUACAAACGCUAAAGGAUGCGUUAACGCGUUCCAAAUUUCUACUUUGAUUGACGUUACUUAUGCUGGAGUAGGCAUUAUUCAAGCAGUUGAAAUUUCCGAUGUAACCAUUAUUGCCAAUGUAAGUCAAUUGCGAGAGCAAUUCAUAGCGAACAUAAGCCGUUGUAGCGCACUGGAUUCAUCCAAUGACAGACACAAUUGUUAUGAGGCGGAGAUCUCUGAUUUGUUCGAAAGUAUUGCGGCGGCAAGCAAUAGUUAUAUCUAUGUUGAGAGAAAAAAUAUAUUAAUAAAUUUAGAAAUUCUGGAUAAAAAUUUAUUGAGAGAGUAUAUAAAAUUGCAACGUUGCCUAGUGCUAUUCCCAGAAGCUACAACAACGGAACCACAAACUUCUUCAGAUAUAACACCGUCUAUCGUUGUGUCGUCAUCUGAACCACAAACCUCUUCAGAUACAACACCGUCUUUCGGCGCAUCGACAUCAGAACCGCAAACUCCUUCAGACACAACUCUGUCUAUCGGCGUGUCAUCCACAGAACCGCAAACUUCUUCAGACGAAACAACGUCUAUCGGCGUGUCAUCAUCAGAACCACAAACUUCUUCAGGCACAACUCCGUCUAACGGCGUGUCAUCUACAGAACCGCAAACUUCUUCAGACGAAACAACGUCUAUCGACAUGUCAUCAACAGAAUCACAAACUUCUUCAGACGAAACAACGUCUAUCGGCGUGUCAUCAUCAGAACCACAAACUUCUUCAGGCACAACUCAGUCUAUCGGCGUGUCAUCUACAGAACCGCAAACUUCAUCAGAUACAACAACGACUGUCAGUGUGUCAUCAACAGAACCACAAAUUUUAUUAGAUUCCAUAUACUCCGUGCUGGGCUCGGUAUUACCGUCUAUCGGACAUCGUCUAUCGUCUCCCUAGAAUUCUGACCUUCUUUAGAUUCUAAAACCUGAAAAGCUCCCAAAACCAACAUAUAUACUAACUACCUAUAUAAUAUAAAUGAUAAACACUCUUUUUAAUUCCUUCUUUGUAACUCUAAAAAAUUGCAUUAUCAUAUCAACUCUUGUAUCCAUAUAAUAUUUAUGCACUAUUUUGGCUGAGGAAAAUUACUUUAAAUUAAAAAUAACACGAAACUUUUAACCCGAUUUAGAAAAGAUAGCUUUAUAUCCUAGGCAUAUAACUCAAGUGGGUGAAUUCACUUUAUGUACCGUUUAAAAAGAAACCUUAAUCUAAUCAUAACCUACCCUACGUUUCGUAGGAGGAUCAUAAUUAUCAGAGAUAAAAUAUUUAAAAAUAAUGUUUUAAACUUUCAAGGUGAUCAGAUGCGUACGGGUUUAAUCUAUGCACCCUUCAGAGCUGCUGUACGCUAAAUCGACAAUAAUUAUCUUGCAACCUUCACUCAUACACAGAGAAAAUAAAAAGCUUCCACAAACAGCUGAUACUGGUGACAACAAUUGUUAUCUUUAUGAGUGAAGAAAUAAUAACUUUCUUGAGCUUUUUAUUUUUUCCUUUGCUUUUUCUAAUCGCAGACAUAUGAUAAAACAUAGUGACUCAUAUCUUGAUCAAAUAGCGAACGAAUUGAUAUAUUCAAAUAAGAAAUAAAAUGCAUAUUGAAUCUAUAUUAUA